UGAAAUAAAUAGAUAAUAAAAAAAUAAAGGCAACAGAGAGCUAGUUAGAAUUUGUAGGCAUCCUCCCUUAUAUUCAUUAGAAUCAUUUAACCCCAAACCAAACUCUCUUUUUUUCUUCAUUUCUUCCUGAACCCUUUUAUGUCUUAUGCGUUUCUCUAAGCACCAACUCUUGUAACUCCAUUCAUAAAGAGAGAGAGAAUGGCAUAUGGGUUCUUCGGCGGUGGUGCAGAUUUCUACACCGGCAUCGCAAGUAGAUCUAUAGUCACCAUGAAUUCUAACGACCUGUCCCAACCUUCACAUAGAACCCAGCUCUCUCAAAUGUUUCUAGACCCCACCUCUCAGAUUGUUAAGCACCGAACACCCACCGCGACCGUAACAACCCAGGGCGUAACCGGAAAGCGAACGCUCGCCGAUUUCCAAGCACAUCAACAACAACAACAACUACAGCAUCCAAAUCUAAACCCAGCACUAAAUGGUCUCCUUAUGCGGUCCGUGAAGCCCAGGAUGUCUCUACAUACGUCCUCAAACUCCACGCUUUCUCCCAUCGAUUUCACGGCUAACAUGUCUCCAGAAUUAUCGUCCUUGUCUCACCGUUAUGGUGUGCCUCUUAUUCAAGAGCUCGGGGCUCAGACCAUCAACCUUGCGCACGGGCCCACCAUGCUCUCGAUGAACCGCGCCUCUUCCGCUGUAUCUGACAUGAAUACGCUCCAAAAUCAAAACAGAGGGGAAGCAAUUAUGGGAGGACAAGAAUCCAAGAAAAGGAUGAUGAAUCGGUUGCAGGAGCUGGAAAAGCAGCUUCUGGAUGACAAUGAAGACGAUGAAGGUGAUGCGGUUUCAGUGAUUACUAACGCUAAUAGCGACUGGUCAGAAACUAUACAGAAUCUCAUCACUUCUUCAACUCCUAACCCGAUUUCUCCAUCUCCUACUUCAUCAUCUCCGUCUUGUUCUUCUUCCUCAACAUCGGUGACCACUCCAGUCCACAAUUGCUCAAAACAAACACUACUUGACGCUGCUUCCGCCAUUAACGAAGGAAAAACUGGUAUUGCUAGUGAGAUCCUGGAGCGGGUAUCUCAGUUCUCGAAUCCGAAAGGGAAUUCUGAACAGAGAUUGAUGGAAUAUAUGUUGAUGGCACUCAAAUCACGGGUUAACCCAGCGGAGAACCCGCCGCCAGUGGCGGAGCUGUAUAGCAAGGAACACGUUUUGUCGACCCGGUUACUGUAUGAUAUCUCUCCUUGUUUCAAGCUGGGAUUUAUGGCUGCUAAUCUCGCCAUUCUGGAGGCUACAAUAGACCAGCCCAGCACAAGCAGAGGGUUUCAUGUUAUUGAUUUCGAUAUAGGCCAGGGAUGCCAAUACAUGAAUCUUUUGCACGCACUAUCUGAGCGUCUGAAUAGGAAGCCUUUCACUGUGAAGAUCACGGCCGUAGCCGAUAAUGAAGGGGAAGAAAAAGAGAGGUUGAAGUCGGUUGGUGGUAAGCUGAGUCAACUCGCAGGACGGUUUGGGUUAUCUUUACAUUUCAACGUUGUGAGCUGUAAACUAGCUGAGUUAAGCCGCGACUCAUUGGGUUGCGAUCCUGAAGAGCCUUUGGCAGUUAAUUUUGCAUUCAAUCUGCAUCGAAUGCCCGACGAGAGCGUCUCAACUGAGAAUCCUAGAGACGAACUUCUUCGGCGCGUGAAGGGGUUGGCACCCCGCGUGGUGACGCUAGUGGAACAAGAAAUUAAUAGUAACACGGCUCCAUUCAUGGCGCGAGCGAACGAGGCGUGCUCGCAUUAUGGGGCAUUGUUGGAGUCGAUUGAAUCUACGGUGCAGAGGGAGCACCCAAAUAGACAGAAGGUGGAAGAAGGACUAGGUCGAAAACUGGCCAACUCGGUUGCUUGCGAAGGUAGGGACCGCGUGGAAAGAUGCGAAGUGUUUGGAAAAUGGCGGGCCCGGAUGGGAAUGGCAGGGUUCGCGUUGAAGCCACUGAGUCACAACGUGGGAGAGUCGAUGAAAGCUCGACUGAGUUCUGGAAACCAGGUGAACCCCGGUUUUACCGUUAAAGAAGAAAACGGUGGGGUUAGUUUCGGUUGGAUGGGAAAAACACUCACCGUCGCAUCUGCUUGGCGUUAACUUCACUUCCCUUCUUUUUUCGCUAAUGUCAGUAAUGGUUAUACUUGUAUUUUUGACUUUUUCUCAUAAAAUAGAAAGGGAAUGAAGGAAAGGGGAAAAAAGAAAGAAAGAAAUAAUAAAGCGAGUGAUUUUAUUUGAGAUAAA